GUAAAUAACUCAUUUUGUUUUAAAUAUAUAUAAUUUACGUGACUGUAAAUUUACAUUCAAUUUGCAUAACCAAUCCUCUAUAAAAUAAGCGCUCAUUCAAACACAUCAAAGUCGUUCUAGAAUUUGAGGACGAUAGUUCAUCUGCCAUGUGGAAUACACGGGUUUUCUAUUCAUUUCUCUUUGUUUGGAGAAAAUCAUGUAGCUUUGAAAGCGAAUCUAUAAAUAGUGAUUACGCAACGGACAAUAUUGUAAAGAAACUCGGCGAAAUAAUGGAGCAAUUCAAGACUUUGGAAACAAGGAACGGAGUCUUCGAGGGUGAAAAUAAAAUUCUAAAUGAGAAAUUAAAGGGAUGUUUAGAGAGUUCGGAAAUUCACAAAAAUCUUUCCGUGGGAGAAAUAAGUAAUCAGGAAAAUGAAAAUGCAAAAGUGAAAGUAAACGUGAAUACAUUUCUAUCUGAGAUGAACCCCGAUGACUUUAACAGCCGCUUACGUGAGGUUGAAAACAAAAUAAACAGCGUUGCCAUUUUAUUCAAUGAAACCGUGGAUAAAAUUAGAGAGGACCAGCUCACCACUGAAAAACAUCUUUUGAAAAUUACAUGUGACAUUUUUACGGCAACAUUGAAUCCAUUUGAUUGCUUGGAACUAUACAACAAAGGGUGUGUUACCGGUGUCUAUUCCAUUUAUCCCUGGAGUGUCAGUGACCGGUCACUCAGAGUUCUCUGUGAUAUGGACACAGCUGGCGGGGGUUGGACGGUUAUCCAAAAGCGAAAUGAUGGUUCCGUUUCUUUUGCUAGAAAUUGGACGGAAUAUCAGAAAGGAUUCGGUCAUGCCGAAACUGAGUACUGGCUAGGAAAUGAGGCUAUACACGCACUAACCCUGAACACAUCUUCUCUGUAUGUAAAACUCCAGAAGAAAAAUGGCGAAGAGUUUUAUCGGAGUUACCCAGAUUUUUCUAUUUCGGACGCGAGAGAUGAUUAUCAAUUGCGCAUUGGACCCCAUUCUAAAAUGUCUGCAGUUUCUGAUGUCACGGAGUGCAAUGGAUUGACAUCAUUUCUCUGUAAAAAUGAGAGAUGUAUCAGUGAUCAGAAAGAGUGUAAUGGUGUAGACGACUGUGGAGAUGGAUCUGAUUAGGAGGAGUGUGAUGAGGAAGAGUUGUUGGUCUUUGCAUACAGAACGUCUCUAAACGUGAUGUCACUAUCCAACCUUACUUCCCAUGUUGUCCCAUUACAAGGCGUUAAAAAUGCCAUUGCUGUUGACUUUGAUCCUGUAGAAAAACAGAUAUAUUGGUCAGACGUUACACUAAAUACAAUCAACAAAGCCUUUCUGGAUGGUUCGGGUAAUUAUUGAAUACAUGCUUCAAUCCAUAAGUGUUAUAUUAGUAUAAAUCGAUGCAUCGUAGUAAUCGUAUGAUAUUUUGGAGGAGGAAA